CGAGCUGACUGCUGGCUUUAUGUUUGACAGAUCGCCACUUUUUGGGUCAAUAAAAAACCAAUGAACCAUCGAAACCGCCAAGUUAAGCUAUUUUAUUGUCUUUUUACAGCUAAAGUAUUUAAUUUUAACAUAUUUUAAAAAGAUUUUACAUGGUUAUACACUUUAUUUUAGUGUAAAUUAAUAAACAUGCAUCCUUGCACGAUCCCAGCACCUCAACAAGAUACGGAGGGUGAUGGAAGGUGGAAUAGUAUUCAUAAUAGAUUCCUGUCCGACGCUAAGGGUAAAGAUGCAGAUGUAAUUUUUAUUGGGGAUUCUAUUUUGCAAGCGUUGGAACAUACAGAAGUGUGGAACCAAUGGUUUGCACCUUUACACUGCCUUAAUUUUAGUAUUCAUAAAGAUCAAACCCAAAACGUUCUUUGGCGUAUAAAAAAUGGAGAACUGGAUCAUGUAGACCCUAAGGUAAUAGUGGUGCAUGUUGGAACUAACAAUGUUGAACAUACUGCUGAACAAGUAUGUGAGGGUAUUUUAGAAAUAGUUAAAACAGUCAGGGAAAAACACCCAAGUGCUUAUAUUGUAUUACCUAGUCUUCUGCCACGUGGCCAAUAUCCCAAUAUGUUAAGGGAGAAAAAUUCAAAAAUUAAUCAACUUGUGCGUGAGAAGGUAGCAAAUAUGAAUAAGGUUGAGAUGGUAUCCAUAGACAAAGGUUUUAUACAAAGUGAUGGCACCAUAAGCCACCAUGAUAUGCAUGACUACCUCAUUCCAAACAAUUCGGCGUGUCGAAAGGCAUUUGAACCAAUUUAUGAUCUCCUGCAGCAGAUAUUGUUUGAAGGGGAGCCUGAAAAAGAUUUGACUCCUUCCGAGUAAAUUGUGGGAAUGAAAAUACUGAAGCAGCUUAUUUUUGUGCAGCAAGCUCAUUGUGAUUACAACAUUAGUACUUAGCUUUUUUACAUUAGGCUUAAGUGGUUCUUAGUAAAAUACUUUUAAUUUUGUGAACUUUACAUUCCAAAUUAGAGUUACAAUUAUUAUUAUGAUUAUUGUCUUGAUUGGCUGUGGUUGUUACUGUUUUUAUUCUUAUACUAUGUUUAACUUAUUUAAGUGGAAAGUCAUAGUAAAAUUAUUUGUUAGUACUGCUAUUAUUGUAAAACAUCUUUUAUACAAGUAUUGCGAUUUAGUUUCACAGCCAUGAAUAUGUUUUUGUAAAUUAUGAUUGUUAAUUAUUCCAAAUCAAGUAUUAUUUAUUCAGUAUAAAUAUUUUUUGAAACAGAAACAUUUGUGCGCCUCAUAAAAUUACUCCCUGCAGAUUUAAAAAAUUAUAUUAUAUAGUAAUAUGCACUUGCUUUAGAAGGCUAAUCACACAAAGUACUUUUAGUUUGUAUCAUCACAUAAUAUAAUUAUUAUGGCCUAUAAUAUGUGUAACCAAAGAUCUGUGAAGAUUUAACAAUUCAGUACUAUUUUUAUUAAACAUGAGUCGUUAAAAGCAAUUCCCUUUUAAUAAAAAUCUGAUAUUCUAAAAUUUCUAUAACAACUCACUAAUUUCUAUACAUUUAAGUUUUUUUUGUGAUGAAAUGUGUAACCCACUAUGACACAAUAUACAUACUCAUUUAAAAAAUAUACUGUAUCAAUUGUAGUGGUAUUAGUGGCUAUAUUAUAAGGUACUAUUAGGUACUCAGGUUGCCAAAAUAAUUGCUUGAAUCUCUUAACACAAAGUAUUUAUUUGCAUGAAGAAGCUUAGGAUGAACAGUGAAUUAUUUCUGUAUAAAUAAAAAUGAAAGCACCAUGA